AAAGGAGAUGAAAACCUGACUGAAUUGGUUUCCUGCUGUAUCUGUUCGCGUUUUCUUUAUACAUUCAGGAAUAAAGCUUCAAAGGAAGAAGAGACGGCUGUCAACCAACAGAGGAACACAAUUACAGAGGAGCUGAUAUUUUGAACUCUCUGUGUUGAGAUGGGGCAGCGCUUCUCCAGGCGCAGGACGGAGGGCACGGAGGGCUUGUCUCCGGGUCGCUUCUCGGUCAGUGAAGAGGCUCCCCCGCAUUACUCCUCUUACAGAACCGGCAGUGACACGGCUGUCAGCAUGGAGACUCCGACACGGAGGUCAUCAGAAGUUGUGAACUCCAGGCAGGACAAUAGACGACCUUCCAUCUACAGCACCAUGGAUGCCAUGCCGCAUCUCGAGUUUUACGCCAACGCCACCGCCACGGGCCGCAUCCGCCGCAGCAGGCCGUCGCUGGAGACGCUGCGCAAGGCUGCUGAUGAUGCAGAAUCUGGCAGUAACACGGGGGACUCUGGCAGGGGGAGCGUUUCGGUGCUACAGGAGACUGGAAACGAGUCCGAGGAAAACGGGCCCGAGGCAAAGACGGCCCAGCCGGUGCGCUUCGGAUGGGUCACCGGGGUUAUGAUCCGCUGUAUGCUGAAUAUCUGGGGAGUCAUUCUGUUCCUGCGAUUGUCCUGGAUCACAUCUCAAGCAGGAAUCCUUCUUACAUGGUUAAUCAUACUGAUGUCCGUCCUUGUGACCUCCAUAACGGCUCUGUCUGUAUCUGCCAUUUCCACCAAUGGAAGAGUCUCUUCUGGGGGUGCGUACUUCAUGAUCUCCCGUACUCUGGGUCCUGAGUUGGGGGGUCCCAUUGGCGUGGUGUUUUCCUUCGCCAAUGCUCUCGCUUGUGCGCUCAACACGGUGGGAUUUUCAGAGACUGUCAGAGAUCUUCUCAUUGAGUAUGACUCACAAAUUGUGGACUCAAUCAAUGACGUCCGGAUCAUAGGAUCCAUCACAGUGACUGUGCUGCUUCUCAUCUCAAUGGCUGGGAUGGAGUGGGAAUCGAAGACCCAGAUCCUGUUCUUCUUGGUUCUUAUGAUUUCUUUCACCAACUAUUUUGUUGGCACUUUGAUUCCAGCGACGCCCCAGAAACAGUCCAUAGGGGUCUUCGGUUACCGCAGUGAGAUCUUCUUGGAUAACCUCUUCCCAGACUGGAGAGGGCCGGAGGGCGACUUCUUCCGAAUGUUUGCCAUCUUCUUCCCAUCUGCCAUUGGGAUCCUUGCUGGAGCAAACAUCUCAGGAGAUCUGAAGGAGCCUGAGAUUGCCAUCCCAAGAGGGACACUGAUGGCCAUAUUCUGGACCACUGUUAGCUAUUUAGCCAUUUCUUCAACUGUAGGAGCGUGUGUGCUGCGCGACGCCUCGGGGAACAUGAACGACAGUCUGCCGCUGAACUUCACCGAGGCGUGUGAGGGUCUGAGCUGCGGUCUGGGCUGGAACUUCACCGAGUGUCAGCAGAGCGGCACCUGCACCUUCGGUCUCUCGAAUAACUUCCAGGUCCUGAUCCAGGUCUCUGGCUUUGGUCCGUUGAUCUAUGCAGGCAUAUUUGCGGCCACCCUGUCGUCUGCACUUGCUUUCCUCGUCUCCGCACCCAAAGUCUUCCAGUGUCUCUGCAAAGACAACAUCUACCCAUACAUCGGCUUCUUUGCAAAGGGUUAUGGGAAAAACAACGAGCCACUGCGAGCGUAUCUGCUGUGUUACAUCAUUGCCAUGUGCUUCAUUCUGAUUGCUGAGCUGAAUGUAAUCGCUCCUCUGAUCUCCAACUUCUUCCUCUGUUCUUACGCUCUCAUCAACUUCAGUUGUUUUCACGCUUCUAUCACUAAUUCACCUGGAUGGAGGCCAUCGUUUCGGUAUUUCAGCCCCUGGACGGGUUUGUUUGGUGCCGUUAUUUCUGUGGUCCUGAUGUUCCUGCUCACCUGGUGGGCUGCGCUCAUUGCUUUCGGUUUAAUCAUCUUCUUAUUCGGCUACGUCAUCUAUAAGAAACCCGAGGUGAAUUGGGGCUCGUCUAUCCAGGCCAGUACCUACAACAUGGCUCUGUCCUACUCCGUGUCUCUAGCAGGAAUCGAAGAUCAUGUCAAGAACUACAGGCCUCAGUGUCUGGUUCUGACGGGUCCUCCGACUCUGCGUCCAGCGCUGGUGGACUUUGUGGGCUCUUUCACUAAAAAUGUCAGUUUGAUGAUUUGUGGCGACAUUCUCAUGGACGAUGAGAAGUCUGUGUCUCAGCGCAGUUCUAAUGAGAUGAUAAAGUGGCUCAAUCAGAGGAAGGUUCGUUCCUUCUACACGUCUUUCAAGGCACCCGAUCUGAGAGAAGGAGCCCGGCAUCUUCUGCAGGCUUCUGGUUUGGGGAAGUUGAAGCCGAAUAUUCUGGUGAUGGGAUUCAAAAUGAACUGGCAGGAAAGCAGCAGUAAAGGCAUAGAGGACUAUAUCAACACUAUAUAUGAUGCUUUUGACUCCAACCACGGUGUGUGUGUUCUCCGCUUGAUGGAUGGACUGGACAUCCGAGACGAGUUAGAGACGGAGGUCAACCAGGCUUUUGAGGUGGAUGAGGCCAUAGAGUCUGACGAUCAGAUUUCAGACGCUGACUCAGAUGUUGACAACACAAAGAACAUGGCGAAAGAUCAGAUCAAAACUGUGUUCCAGAGCAAACAAGGGAAGAAGACCAUUGACGUGUACUGGAUCUCUGACGAUGGAGGUUUGACUCUGUUAGUGCCAUACUUGUUGACCAGAAGAAAACGCUGGAGACGGAGCAAAGUCAGAGUGUUCAUUAUUGGAGAACAGCAAACCAUGGAGAACGACCGCAAGGAAAUGAUGACUUUGCUCCAGCGUUUCCGGCUGGAUGUUCACGAUGUCAUUGUGAUGACGGACAGCGAAAGGCCACCACUUGCCAAGAACAUGAGGCGCUUUGAGGAAACGCUCGCCCCCUUCAGGCUGAAUGAUGGACAGCUGGACGAGAGGACGGCACAGCAGCAGAGGUCACAGUUUCCGUGGAAAGUCACGGACAAAGAGAUGGACGCACUGAGAAUUAAGACGGAGAAGAAAGUGCGGCUGAAUGAAAUCAUACGGAGGAAUUCGAAGUACGCCGCGCUGGUUCUAGUGUGUCUCCCCGUGCCACAGGCAGACUGUCCCCGUUCUCUCUAUAUGUCCUGGCUGGACACGCUGAGCUGCGGUCUGCACUGUCCCGUCCUGCUCAUACGAGGAAACCAGCAGAACGUCAUGACCUUCUACUGCCAGUGAAACAGCCACGCGGGUUACUCACUUAUCUGGCUCUUCAAGGCAAGACACCAAAGGAAAACUAUUGCUUCAUGUUUCAGAAUAGUGAACGGAAAGCAUUCAAAAUACACUUCAGUGCUUAUUUGCACUUUCUUUAUUUGUGUCUGUAGGUUUCGGUUUCAACCCAUGUCUUUAAAGGCCUGUUUCUCAAAAUGAGUUUCUAUGUCAGCACUUCGUUCUGAAGAUUUGUUCAUAUCACAUUAUUGCAGUUUAUGCCAUGCCUGUAGAUUUAAUUUGCAGUCCAUAUAUUUAAAGGCCAUUUUCUCCUAAUCAGUAUCUAUCUACAUUUUAGCAGCACUUAGAUUCAAUAACACAUGUAUAUGCCUGUCUAUAUUCUAAAGGAUUUUAUUAUUGCACUUUAACUGUUUGUGUCUGUAAUUGCAGUACAUAUCUUUAAAGGCUAUAUUCUCCUAUCUCCUCUUCAGCACAUCAUAUUUUACAGUUUUAUUCUUGUUUAUGUUCUGAAGGUUUUUAUGGGGGCAUUUGUUAAGAUAUCAUUCAAUAUACACAACAUUUUAAUCUUUAAAAACAUGUUAAAAUUGUCAGUUUUAUGAGUGGUAUUUUCAUUAAAGAGUGAUAGAAAGAGAAAUCCAAAACCCCCUCCAAGCUUAACCCCCUCAUCAUUACUUAAGAUGAAGAAAACGUAUAUUUGCAGCUGAUGGAUUUUGUUUGUUUUGCAUUAAAACUAUCUAAAAUAAAGUACAGUACCCCAAACCAUAACUGGACACCUGACACACUUGUUUCAGACAUUGUAACUAUAUUUGAGGCCACUGUAAAUUUAGCUGCAUAAUAUAUUACUUCUUCAGUUGAAUGUUUUGUCUUAUUCUUUUGGCACGUUUAGCUCACCCUGUGUUGUUUCUCAUUUUUAUUUUUGUUGUGAAUUCAUGUGUGUUAUGGUCUUGUAUGGUGAAAGGGAAGUUGGUGAAAAUAAUUUUAUAAUAGGGAAAAACAAACUUUUAAAUUAGUGUAUCAUGUUAAUUAUUAAAUUCUUUUCCCCUUAAUUUUACUAUCAUUAUUUCGAGCCUUGAGAAGGGGCAGCUGUAUACAGAAACAUACAGACGCUCCAUGAAAUCUGUUUAUUUCUGCUGUCAUACAUUGUGAUGUUUAAUUCUUUCUUUUCAUGUGAUUGAAUAGGUUUUAUGGUGUUUUUAUACUUGGUGUAAUGAGAAAAUCAAUGAUGGUUGAGAUGUUCGUCACUGUGCUUAAUUGUAUUUUUCACAUUGAAAAGCAGAUCAGAACACUUGUAAUUCAUAAUACGGUAAUCUACUGUUUAUUUGCAGUCAAAAUGUAACCUUCUAUAUUAUUCAUUAUAAUGUUUAAAUGUAAUUUUACAAAGCAAGAACGAAUAAACUUAUUUUAUCAUAUUAUAA